UUGCUCUUCAUAACACCAGACACUGGAAAUGUUCGAGAGUACCACUCGCGUUUCUCGUUUCUGAUAUCCUCGCGUCGCAUCAAUAUGGUUUUCAUCGCGAGAAUAUAAUUUCGACAAACAGUGCGCGGGUUCUGACUCAGUUACUCGAUCCAACGGCCACGUUUUAUUAAUGAAAGUCGGUACGGUUAAUUUGUUCUCGUACCGUUCGUAUCCGUAUAAACGAAAUAAUCGAAUAUAUCCGCCACGAGACCAGGUUGUUACUUAGUGUGCGCGUGAAAUUUUAUUGAUCAACGGAGGAAAUUAAUUUGCUAAAGGACGAAAACGAGAACAAAGUGCGUGUGUGUUCACGGGGGACCUUCACGGUUGUUCCGAUAUCGGUUUCAAAAUAAUCGAGGAGACCUUUCCAAGAUAUUACUUCUAUCUCUAAUUUAAACAAGAUGACUGGUAUUAUUAAGCACAGAGAGUUGGGAAGCGAUACGAAUUUUAAACCUUCUGCGAAUGCACAUUUAACACCACCACCUCCUAUAACGCCUCAUGUAUUAAGAGACGAAGUGGACAACGUCGAUUAUCACUUCGAAGUGGCCAGACUGCAGAGUUUCGAGCAUUGGCCUGUGCCGUAUAUAGAGCCUGAAAUUCUCGCAGCUGCUGGAUUUUACUAUACCGGUGAGGAGGAUAAAGUAAGAUGCUUCGAAUGCAAUGUAGAAAUAUGCCAAUGGAUAGAAGGCGAUAACCCUAUGACCGACCAUCAACGUUGGUCUGCAAGAUGUAGAUUUAUUCGCAAAAUAAAUUGUGGUAAUGUGCCGAUUGGAGUCGAUCCAAGCACGGUUCUACCACCCAGACCGAGAAGCGGGGACGUAUGUGGACCUUACGGAAUAGAAUAUCGACCAACAUCCGGUCCUGAUAAUCGUACUUUGUCAACGGAAUUGCAACUACCGAGCACAGCGAAAUUAAGCUGUUUAGGUUUGGGAAGGUCCAAGGGACCUGUGCAUUCUGAAUACGCCAGUUACGAUGCCAGGCUACAUACGUUUGAAACUUGGCCAAAGUUUAUGCCACGAACGAAAGAAGAGUUGGCGGACGCAGGCUUUUAUUAUACUGGAAAAGGUGACCAGACGUUGUGUUAUCAUUGCGGAGGUGGUUUGAAAGAUUGGGAACCGGAAGACGAUCCUUGGGAACAACACGCGAAAUGGUUCUCCAAAUGCUAUUAUCUGUUAAUGGUUAAAGGGCAAGAAUAUGUAAAUAAAGUCACGGGUCAGCAUAUAUCUCCACCGUCUAAAGAGGAAAUGAUGCAAAUGAAUUUACCUGGUUUCAUUAAGAAAGUUCAAUCCGUACCCACAGACGUAGAGAAAAAGGAAGAUGCGGAAAGUAAUCCAGGCCCAAGUUCUCAAGACAGUGGAGUAAAGAGCAUCGGUAUUGACACAGAAUCUGUAAAAGUAAACGCAGAGGAACUGUCAAAUAAUACAAAGACACAAAAUAAUAAGCCCGUAGAUGACGCGAGGAUGUGUAAAAUCUGUUAUAACGGGGAAUUAGGAGUAGUAUUUUUACCCUGUGGACAUAUAGUUGCUUGUGUUAAAUGUGCUCCUGGUAUGACGACUUGUGCAGUAUGCAGAGAGCCUGUUACUAUGACUGUACGAGCCUUCUUCUCAUAGUAUUUCAUACCUUGUGAUAGACAAUGAUUAAAUUCUACAUAUGAUUUUAAUUAAAAUGUUUUAUACUCGGUCAUCCACGACUGGUAGCGAUAAUCCAUCGCGAACUGCACUAAAUGACAUGACUCAUGUAGCAUACCAGUCUGCGGGUACAAGCUAUAAAGGAUCCUAUAAAUUUCUCAAGACUUUGUGCGAUGUUUAAAUCACAAGUAUAUGAAGGAUGUAAACAAAAUUUAUUCUGAUAUGCAACUGACACACAGAAAUAUAUUUCGUAAUUGCAACAAGGUCAAUGAAUUCCCUUCGUGUUCGAAAAUUUAUCCGCGCGCGAUCAGUAUUACAAUAAAUGAUAUAAAUAUAUUUAAGUAAUCUUACAAAUGCCCAACAUAUCAUGAGUGAAGAAGAGAAAUACUUGCUAAUCACUGGUCUUCAAAUAAGAUUUUCAGAUUAAUUUUGUCUGAAUAAUAAGAAGCUGUACCUGCAACUGAAUGUUGCUAUUUGCACAUUCAUAAAUUUUCGUUGUCCGUAUCAUUGGAUUAAUUAGGAAGGCAACAAAAGUAAAAUGUGCUUCACGCAAAAGUACAAAUAGCAACAAAAAAAACAUGAAGUCUAGUCAUUAGUAUUAUAUAAUGCCGAAAAAAUGAGCAAAGAUUUACAAUUGUUAGUUAUAGAAAUUUAAUGAGAAAAUAUUAAAUUUUAAUUUUAUUAAAAUCCUAAUGAAAUUAAAAUAUUAAAUUUUAAUUUUAUUAAAAUCCUAAUGAAAUUAAAAUAUUAAAUUUUAAUUUUAUUAAAAUGCUAAUGAAAUUAACGUCUACUUCUUCGUCGUUUGCCCCAGUUUAGUUUUGUCCAAUAUUGUCAACUUGUGUAUCACGUAAGAUACGCAGGAUUAAACAUCUAAGUUGCUACGUUCGAACAUAAUUAUUCGACUUAACUAAACUAGGGUGUUGUAAUGUUUAUAUAUACGGGGUGUUCGGCCAUGGGAAAAAUUUUAAUGGCGGAUUCUAGAGGCCAAAAUAAGACGAAAAUCAAGAAUACCAAUUUGUCGAUGGAGGCUUUGUUAAAAAGUUAUUAACGUUUAUAGUUGCGCUUGUGAGACGAAAACCGUGCGCGCUGCACACUUUAACUUUAAACGUUAAUAACUUUUUAACGAAGCCUCCAUCAACAAAUUGGUAUUCUUGAUUUUCGUCUUAUUUUGGUCUCUAGAAUCCCCUAUUAAAAUUUUUCCCAGGAUUGACCGAACACCCUGUAUGUAUAUUAUAUAUAUAUAUAUAUAUAUACGCAGUGGAAACUUUUAGCACUUUUAUGAUUUGCAAAAUUUGGUGAUAUUACGAAACAGGUUUGUAUAUUGUGUACACAACUAUAAUUAAAAGUAGGAAAAUGUUAUCCAUUUAAUAGGUACAGAAAAUAAAAGGAAACAAUAGGCCAUUCACGUUCAAUCGAUGCGCUGGAAUUUUUCUGGCGCCUGCUUUUGGCUAUGAUUAACAUUAUUGUAUAUUACUUCAAUGAAAAAUGGGAUACGUUAAUUGCUUUUCCUUUUUUUUUUUCUUAAUUUUAGUUAUACGAUACAAUGCAACUUAAGUCGAACGUAUUAGACAAGUAAUCUUGAAUGCAAAUUUCAUUUCAAUGAUUUUAGAAUCGAACGCUUAGUUCUAUUAUUCGAUCAUGUACAUUUAACACAAAAUUCUAAUCUAUCCGAUACGAAAUUAUUUUAUGUUCUUGGCAAAUCUUCGUACGCAUAAAAAAAAAAAUUUACUUUCAACGUGUAUUCUGACUGAAAAAUAUUUAACAUAUAUAAUAUACAAUCAUAAGAAGUACUUGCUGUAGGGUUGAAGGGUUUUAGAAGCUAAUAAAGUAGGAUGUAGCCCAUUACGAUUUUGCCUUUUUGCCAGUUACUAUAUUUAUGAAUGAUUCAUACAUUGCGUUAAUUUGUCUGUUGUUAAAUUGUCUGAAUCGUAGGAGCAAAAUGUGAAGUUCGUAAAAAUUGUAUAUGUUAUUCUUUAUGCAAUGAAUUUUCUCUUGUAAUCGUUACAGUUACUUUCGAACAGAUUGAGCUUUAAAAAAAAAAAACGUUUUUCGCAAAGAAAUUAUUUCGUUAUUUAAGAUCGCAAUUAAUAAUGACGAGUACAAACAACUUUAUCAAUGUUUUCAAAAUUUUUUAGGAAAUAUUACGUAUUCGAGUAGAUUCACGCUAAAAAUGAAGCGAAAUAUUAGGUAGGUAGUAUAUAUUUGUUUAUACCAUAAAAAUCAUUAAUCAUGUAGAAUUACUAAAUUUUAUGUAAUAUUAUAUUGUACUUGAAAUCAUUCGCACAUUUUCAUUAUUAGUUUUUAUUUAUCGCCAAUGUCUUGUAUAUUUUAAAUUACAUUGUCAAUACACAUAAAUUUUAUCUGACA